GAGGAGCCUCCUCUCGAAUUGAAAGGAGCAGGGUGCGGCUUGCCCAAAGGCCGCUCUGUGGAGUCCUGGGACCGCAGCCGCGAGACCCGGGGUGGCUGGAGGGAAGUGAGGGGUGGACUCAGCCCGGCCCUGGCUGGGUGAGACCCUUUGACACCCACUCUCCUGGACCACUGACGGCCAUGGCCGUGGCCCAGCAGCUGCGGGCUGAGAGUGACUUUGAACAGCUUCCUGACGACAUCGCCAUCUCAGCCAACAUUGCCGACAUCGAGGAGAAGAGGGGCUUCACCAGCCACUUUGUUUUCGUCAUCGAGGUGAAGACGAAAGGAGGGUCCAAGUACCUCAUCUACCGCCGCUACCGCCAGUUCCACGCCCUGCAGAGCAAGCUGGAGGAGCGGUUCGGGCCAGAGAACAAGAGCAACGCCUUCACCUGCAGCCUGCCCACGCUCCCAGCCAAAGUCUAUGUGGGUGUGAAAAAGGAGAUCGCCGAGUCGCGGAUACCGGCCCUCAAUGCCUACAUGAAAAGCCUCCUCAGCCUGCCUGUGUGGCUGCUCAUGGACGAGGACGUGCGCAUCUUCUUCUACCAGUCGUCCUACGACGCCGAGCAGGUGCCCCAUGCGCUCCGCCGCCUCCGCCCGCACACCCGGAAAGUCAAGAACGAGUGCCCACAAGGUGCCGGCUUUGACCGCAUGGCAGCUCCACGAGCAGAGGCACUGUUUGAUUUCACUGGGAACAGCAAACUGGAGCUGAAUUUCAAAGCUGGAGACGUGAUCUUUCUUCUCAGUCGGAUCAAUAAAGACUGGCUGGAGGGCACUGUCCGGGGAGCCACGGGCAUCUUCCCACUGUCCUUCGUGAAAAUCCUCAAGGACUUCCCGGAGGAAGACGACCCCACCAACUGGCUGCGCUGCUACUACUACGAGGACACCAUCAGCACCAUCAAGGACAUCGCGGUGGAGGAAGACCUCAGCAGCACCCCACUGUUCAAGGACCUGCUGGAGCUCAUGAGGCGGGAGUUCCAGAGGGAGGACAUCGCCCUAAAUUACCGGGAUGCUGACGGGGACCUGGUUCGGCUGCUGUCGGAUGAGGACGUGGCGCUCAUGGUGAGGCAGGCCCGAGGUCUCCCCACCCAGAAGCGCCUCUUCCCCUGGAAGCUGCACGUCACCCAGCAGGACAACUACGGGGUCUAUAACACAGUCCCCUGAGCCGACGGUAUCCCUGGGCAGUGAGGGGACACCUGGCAGAGCCCUUAGAGGAGACUGGGACCAGGAAAGGCUGGGAGCGCGGGGAAGACAUCCUCGUUCCAACUCGGUGGACUUGCUGGGCUUGGCUCUGUUGGUCUCUACACUUGGUCUCUGAGUUAAAUAAACCAUUUCGUCUCAAAAGGCCAGACUGAGGAAGAUGGUAUCUUUGAGGAAAGAGAGGAGAGGGAGUGAAAUAUCCUUUAAUGAGCAGCAAUUUGGGAGUCAAUUAGGGCUCAUUUAUACCCAGAAGGGACCCGGCUUUGGGCCUCUCUCCAGCCACCCCAUUCCCUUGCCCUGUCCAUGAGUUUGGGGGAACCCAGCGACACACCUGGCCCUGCUGCCCACUCCCUUUUGCUCCUUGCCUGGGCCUGGCCGCCUGCCUCACAGCAGUAACUGCUCCCAGGUGCCCUCUGGGGCUGCGCCCACGCCAAGCCCUGUGUGUGAAGAGGGUCAGGGGGUCCCUCUGCCCUCUCCUUUCCGCCUCUCUGCAGAGGAGACGGAGACCUGGGCCUCCGUGUUGGGGUCUCCACUGUGAGUGGGGGUGUGGGGGGGAGGACGCUGGCCCCACGGUGGAGGAAGGAGAAGCGGCAUGAUGGGGUCUUCCUCUACGAGCUGAAGCUUUUUCUCUUCUAACCCUUCGAGACGCCAACAGGUGUCACUUCCAGAAUGGCGGUGUGAGGAGUGCGGUGGACGCCCUCCGAGAUGAAACAACCAUUUCACUGAUGGAAAAUGCUUAAAACGUUCAACUGUUUACAGUCUCUGGAAAUUGUUCUGAGAGCAUACAGCAAAGGGAGAAGCAUUUAUUCAAGAAAAUCUACUAAAUCUCAGCCAGAACAGCGAGUCCAUGGCAUUUGAGCCGCCGUGCGCUCCCACCCCCACCCCAGCUCCAG